AUGCUGAAGCGGGAGGCAGCCGCAGCAGCAGCAGCACACAAAUCCUCUGGAAAGAAUCAACCCUCAAUUGCUGCUGCUGCGUGUGUCCUAAGCAGCAGCAGCAGCAGCAACAGCAGCAGCAACAACAGCAGCAGCUGCAACUCAAACGGAGCAGCAACAGCAGCAGCAGCAAGAACCAUUUCUCUACGGGUGUUGUCUCUCCGGCUUCGCGGGUGUGCUGAGCAGCGGCAGCAGCAGAAGCAACAGCAGCAGCAGAAGCAGCAGCAGCAGCAGCUGCAUCCUUUAACGCAUUCGGAGUUGCGGCAGCUGCAACAUUUGCUGCAGAGACGAGCAGCAGCAGCAGCAAGCAGCAGCAGCACUUGCAGCAGCAGCAGCGGCAGGCUGCUGAUUUCUGGUUGUAGAUUCCGCUCUGUCACCGCACAUCAACAGAAAAAGCAGCAGCAGCAACAACAGCAACAGCAGCAACAGCAGCAGCAGCUGCAGCAACAACAGCAGCAGCUGCAGCAACAGCAGCAGCAGCUCCUGCAACCGAGGCACAGCGCCUCGGAGACCGCAGCGACGGCAGCAGAGACAACAGCAGCAGCAACAACAGCAGCAGCAACAGCUGCUGCAGCAGAAGCCGUUGAAGCUGGACAUGCAGCACCCAGCGUAGCAGCAGCAUCUGCAGCAACAGCACCAGCAUCACCAGCAGCAGAGGCAGCAGCUGCAGGACCAACAGCUGCAGCACGGAGCGACCCAGAAGCUGAAGCAGCAGCAGCAGCAGCAGCAGCAGCAGCAGCAGCUUCGCAUGCAGCUGGUCUAGCUUUGCUGCAGCACUAUCGGCAGUGCAGCUUCGCGCUUUUUGGAGUUUUACCUGCUGCAGCAACAGCAGCAACAGCAGCAGCAGAUGCAGCAGAAGCAGCAGCAGCGGCAGACGCCGUCUCCUGUCUCCUUAGCUACUCGCGGGAAGCAGCAGCAGCACCUUUCUUAUUGAAGCUGCCACAUACCAAACAACCUCCAGCAGCAGCAGCAGCAGCAGCAGCAGCAAGUGCAGCAGAGCCUGAAGGAAGUACGCAGGAGCAGCUCGAGUGUAUGAACAAAAGGAAUCGAUUGGCGCAGCGAAAGCGACGGAAGAGACAGGGGGAAAGGGUCUCUCUCAGAUAUAGAUGA